CCGAGUGCAAUACACUCUGCGCGGGCUAUCCGACCGAUAUAUGUGAGUAUCAUCCCUAUCCGCCUAGUAACUACAGCGGCGGCACCAACGCAUACACCGUUCUCUCCUCCCCUCAAGAAGACUUGCUCUUCAUGUCCGGAACUCUGACGGCGCCCCCGCACACGCCCACCGCAACCACCCUGCUGGGAGGCAUCAUUGUCGACGGCGACGGAUCCGUCUCGGCACUGGGCGUGCCGUCGAGCACGCCUGUUGUCGCCAGUUCUGUGCCUGCAGCUAUCGCCACGUCGAGGGCUGUCGCAAAAGCGUCUCCAUCCUCGUCGCCAUCCCCGUCCAGCGCGGUUGCUGCGGCUGCGUCGUCGACACACGCCAGUAUCGCGGCGAGUAGGGAAAGGAUACAGGUAAAGGCAAUUGAACUAGUUGAUGGGUGGUUAGGUACGGAGUACAUAGAUAUCAGAUACAUCCUUUGUAUCAAGUAG